GCGCAGGUAGCGUGAUGCUGGCGCCGCGCCACCACCAGACGCACGUCGCCGCCGCCGCCGCUGCGGCCGCCGCCGUCUCCAGGACGACGCAGUACAAGAAGGUGACGAAGCCACUGCUGGAACGUAAGAGAAGGGCUAGAAUCAACAGGUGCCUGGACGAGUUGAAGGAGCUUAUGAUGGGUGCUUUGGAGGCGGAGGGCGAGAACGUGAGCAAGCUGGAGAAGGCGGACAUCCUGGAGCUGACGGUGCGCCACCUGCAGCGGCUGUCGCAGGCGGAGGGCGGUGGCUCCUGCUGGCAGUCCCCUCGCUUCCAGGCGGGGUUCAGCCAGUGCGCGACGGAGGCGUGCCAGUUCCUGGUGUCGCUGCCCGGGCUGGACGCGCGGCUGUCGGCGCGGCUGGUGUCGCACCUGUCGCGUUGCGCGCCGCCCACCGCCGUCCCCGCCGCCCCCACCGCCCCCCUGAGCGUACAGGUGCCGGCGCCGCCACGUUCCGGUGCCUUCUCGCCGCCCGUGUCUCCCUGCGCGCUCACAGCACCCUCCUCCGCCGUCGCCGCCCCCACUGCCGACCACCGACCCUCCGACCACUACGCGGCCGCCCCCGAGACUGCGUCGCCUCCGCCGCCUACCGCGGCUGCAGCCUCCCCGGCGUCGCUGUCCUCCACCCCCAGCGCCAGCGACUUGGCCAAGCCGGUGGCCGGACUGCUGAUGACGGUGCCCGAAGCGACGCACCAGCCGCCGGGAAGCAUGUGGAGGCCCUGGUGAGCGACGCUGCCACUCGUGGACCUUCUCUGCCUCUCACCAGGGAUGUGCCUUUGAGGCUUGUAAACAUGUCGUCAUUAGAUUCACCUGGAUGUGCAAGCUAGGGUGAAUUCCAGCUGUUAAAGACGUCCGCAGCGAAUUCGCCGAGACAUAAACAGUGUCGGCUGUUCUGACAAUGAUGCAAACGUUUUAAAUUUCUUGUUAUGCAACUGACAUCUUAUACAGGGUGAAUCAAAAGUCCGUUAACAUUUCGAAAAUGAAUAUUUCACGGAAUAAUUUUGUCAGAGAGAUAAAAUCUACAUCCACAUCUACAUCUAUACUCCGCUAGCCACCAAGCUGUGUCUGGCGGAGAGUACAAUUCGCGCCAAAGUCAUAUUCCGCACCCCCCCCCCCCCUUCCCCGCACCCCCUGUUCCACUCAUGGAUCGAGUGAGGGAAAAACGACUGCCUGAACACCUCAGUACGAGCUCUAAUUUCCCUUAUCUUUGAAUGGUGAUCAUUGCGCGAUUUGAAAGUUGGAGGUAAUAAUAUAUGCUCUACAUCCUCGGCGAAGAUGGGAUUUCGGAAUUUAGUGAGCAGCCCCUUCCGUUUAGCGCGUCGUCUAUCGGCAAGUGUGUCCUACCUCAAACUUCCUGUGAGAUAUGUAACACUCUCGCGAUGGCUAAAUGUACCAGUCACGAAUCUUGCCAUUCUUCUUUGGACCUUCUCACUUUCUUGAAUCAGAUCCAACUGGUAAGGGUCCCAUACAGACGAACAAUACUCUGGACGAACUAACGUACAGUAAGCAAUUUCGUUUGUUGGUAGGCUGCAUCGCUUCAGGAUUCUACCAAUAAACCGCAAUCUAGAGUUCGCCUUGCCCGUGACCACUUGCUUGAAAUGACACGGGGUUUUAUUGAACCAAAGUAGUACACGACGUGACCAACAGAUGGCGCUUCAAAUGAUACAAAAGCAAAAAUUAACACAACGAUUUUUAGAAAAGACAAUGUUCCUUAUAACGAGUGGUCAAUUUGUCGGCCACGCUCAUCAGCAAUACUCGUAGUCGAGGGUCAAUGUCGUCAUAGCGCCGUACAGCAUGGAAAUAAGUACCGGAGGAUGUAGUCUUUCGGCAUCGCUAACGAGGUCAGACGAUUGCGGUAGACUUAUGAGUUCAGGCAAUCAAUAAUUACACAGAUUGACGUCUGGCGACUUGGGUGGCCAAACAUGAAGGAACUGGUGGGAAGCACACCAUCCUCACCAAACGAUGUCCGCGAGAGAUCUCUCACAAUAUGGGGCGUAGCGCCAUGUCACAUAAAAGUCGUACCUUUCAGCAGGUGUUUAUCUGCCAGGCCUGCUAGGCCAGGAGUGAUGCGAUUAUAUAUCGAUGUAUCUAGCACCUACCGCGCAUCACUGACAUUUGCUGUCCAGUGCCAUCUGUUAACCGUUUUUGCACUCGUUUUUGGUUUCAAUGAAACCCCGUGUCAUUUCAGGUAUAUGUUUCAAGUUUUACCUUUCUACCAACAUUAUUCCGUGAAUUAGUAUAUUUUCAAAUAUUAAGACUUUUGGGUCACAUUGUAAUUUAACAAAGGUCAGUAACCUGUAAAAAAAACUAUUAUGGUACAGAAAAACUCCGUGUUCCUAGAUAAACAUACCGAAAACAAUGCCUGAAGCAUGACACAUCACAUAUAUAGGGUGUUCUCCUUGUUACGACCACCAUUUAACUACCAAUGCAGUUGUGACACAUCUUACCAGCAACUGCGAAUACCCACAGUCGGAGGUGGUAUGAGCAUCAUGAAGAUAGAGAUUUAUAAGUGUUCCCAUCUUGAAACUUAUUUUGUACCCAUAGGGUAAAUUUCCAAACAUGGGUUCCUUAUCAACAUUUUGUUUACUACUUCCCCUCUACAACCUCUAGGCAUAACGUAACACCCUCCACAGCCCCUCUAUUUGACCUUUACGCCAAGUGAGGUGGCAAAGUGAAUCAGUACUAUUCAUCCAUGAACAAAAAGUAGUGUUCAUUCAUGGCAGCAUGUGCAUAACGAUCGUAAAGUUUUUUUAUUAUUUUCAUGGCAGUGAAUGUUAUUGAGAUAGAUGCAGUAGAAAUACAGAAGUCUCUACAAGACUAUAUACGUGUUUUUGUGGAGUACACACUAUUAUUUUUCUAGAGAUCAUCGAUGGUGGUAAUCACACUGACCAUACUAAAUACCACAAGAAAGAUUUAAUUUUCGUUGAUGUGAGAGAAUUCCUUACAAACUUCGUGCGACUCUGAAUAUCUUGGAAUAAUAUAGAGUGAGUUCAUAAAUCCUUUGGUUUUGGUAAUAUCUUGCUCCAAGUUUUUUGUUACAGUUUACUCGAUGCAUCAGCUUCCUUACUAGUAGUAUAGGACGUGAGAUAACUGCUCUAACUUCUGCAGAAAGUAAAAUGCAGGCUUGCACACUUGUAUAUCUCUCUGAAACGAAACUUUCACUUUAUCUAAUUUAGAUGUAAUUACGACAUCAACGAACUAAAGCCAUAUUUUGUGAUCCUUAUUAUUAGAUUGUGUCCCUAAUUAAUGUUUGUUACUAUGUGGCAAAUAAGAUUCCGAAAUUGCAGAAAUAUUCAAAUGAAAAGUUCUAUAGUUAAGGUGUUAAAGUUAUCUUAUUUUAAAGUUAAUAUUUUCUACAGUUGUAUAUAUCUAUAUAAUAACAAAGCAUUGUAUAAGAAAUAUCAUUAACAGGUAAAGAUAUAUUUUUAUAAAAUUUGAUUGUAAAUCUGAUAUCUAUGUUUUAGCUUAAAGUUUAUUAAAUACUCAGCAUUUACGUGAUCUCAUAUAAACUAUUGAAAAACCUGAGGAUGUUUCUGAAUUUUAAUAGUGACAGAUGUUACAACUGUUACUUUUUAUUUAUUUGCAUAUGUUGAAAAUCUCUAUCUCUCAAAACAAUUAUUACAUAGUUUGUAUUAACUGGUUGUUGUUAGAGAAAGAUAAAGAGGGUAAAUUAUAGUUAAGUAAUGUUUUAAAGUUAUUGUUAUACAGAAUUUGACUGAUUGUAGGUUAAGUGUAUUAAAAUUUUGUAUCAAUAAUAAUUUUCUGCCUGCAA